ACCAUCUCAAUGCAUUUUAUCUUCUCUCCUUAGCUUGAAGAAAUUACAUGCAAAAGAAAAAUGGCUCCGAGUAUAUCAACCAUCAGAAAUUACUAUACUCACCAAGAGUACUCUGUAGAUUUCUUUGGAGAGGAAUUGAUCGUCACCGUAACGCGAACUCCAUCGGUAAUCAGAAAAUGGAUCAACAACGUCCACUUUUUCAACCGUUUUACCUCUCACCCUCUUGUUGUUGGACUCGGCGUCUAUUGGACACUGCCUACUCACUACGCUGACCCUCCGCCUGAGAGUUACAAUCGUCCAGCAGAUACUCUUCAGUUAUGCGUUGGUACACGAUGUAUAAUCAUCCAGCUUUCUCACUGUGACCACGUCCCCUAUGCCCUCCACAACUUUCUCGCGAGUUACACGCACGUUGGUGUGUGGAAUAGUCAAGACGCGACAAAGCUAGAGCAGUGUAGACAUCAGUUGAAGAUUGGGAAACUUUUGGACAUAAGGAGGAGCUGUGAAGAACCUGGAGAUGUGGAUAUGAACGUUGAUUCCCCUGUCGUGCGUUGGUUUCAAGAUCGACAUGGUAUACCCAAAACCCCUCAAGGGUUGAAGAGGAUUUUGGUUGUUAGACGAAGCGGCGAGAAAGCCGAUGUUUAUUACCAAACAGAAGCUCCUAAACGAAAGAGACUAAAGUGUUUCAAGGACGUCACUAAGUUUAUUGAAGACAAUGAACAAUUCAAAGACAUGAAGAUAGAAGAGAUCCUCAAGAAAACCCUAAAUCAGAAGUCGAGAUCGAUGGCGUCUUUCGCUCGCCGAGCCAUGAGCUUAGCUCAUCAGAUCCCAUCUGCUCGUGUUUCCGCUGGAGCUUCUUCUAUUGGUCAGCGUCGUUGUCUCGCCGGCGCCGCUGAUCACCAUGGAUCUACCAAGGUUGACUUCUGGAAACAGCCCACGAACCCAGGAAACUGGAAAGAGGAGCAUUUUGUGCUUAUUUCUCUGUCUGGCUGGGGAUUACUUUUCUACAGUGGAUACAAGCUCGCCACCGGUGGAAAAAAGGAGGAGCCUGUAGAGAGUACACAAUGAGUUUCAUUGUCACCAGGAAAGACCCUUUUAUGGAGAGACCUCUCAUUCUCAUGCACUUUGUUUUCCCUUUUAGCAGAUUGUGACUGGUCUUGUGUUUCGUUUUGAAAAUAAUUUGCAUCACUUUUG